UCAAACAAGUAUACGGGGCAAAAUUGAGAACAACUCAAACAAAUGGUCCAAUUUGCAAGAACCAAUUCGUUGUGGGAGUAUUUUACUGUAUUUGAAAUUUAGAGGGGGUAAAAUGCUAAACACCAUACAUGUUCUACAGGCCACUCUGCGCGCAGAUACAAAACAAUCCUCUCCGAGUGAUGUCUACCAACUGCGACAAAUUUCUGGUCGCUAUUUUCUUCGUCGCUACUCUUUUCUCCGCGGUAUUGGGAGAUGGGAUUAAGAGUGGUAGGAAAUUGCCUAUUGUAGUGAGCACUUGGCCCUUCUUGGAAGCUGUUAGAUCAGCAUGGAGGAGUGUCGAUAGUGGGUUUUCGGCUGUGGAUUCAGUCGUCGAAGGUUGCUCUGCUUGUGAGGAACUCAGAUGUGACGGUACAGUUGGUCCGGGUGGAAGUCCAGACGAGAACGGAGAAACCACCAUUGACGCUAUGAUCAUGAAUGGGGUGACGAUGGAGGUAGGAGCUGUUGCUUCAAUGAGAUAUGUGAGUGACGGCAUCAAAGCCGCAAGAUUAGUAAUGCAGCACACGAAACACACGAUACUUGUCGGAGAGCAAGCUUCGAUAUUUGCUAUUACCAUGGGUCUUCCGGGCCCCACAAACCUAAGCUCCGAAGAAUCUAUAGAUAAGUGGACGAACUGGAAAAAAAAUAAAUGCCAGCCAAAUUUUAGGAAAAAUGUUCUGCCGAUCGAUGAUUGUGGUCCCUACCGUAGUAGUACAAACAUCGAUGAGAAAACAUGCUCGAAUGUAGAGAGAGAUGGUCUUGAUGAAUCUUUGUCUUACCAGUUUGAUGUACAUAAUCAUGAUACGAUAUCAUUGGCUGUUAUUGACCAAAAUGGAGACAUAGCUGUUGGUACAUCAACUAACGGGGCCACUUUCAAGAUUCCGGGCAGGGUAGGUGACGGGGCAAUUGCUGGAUCUUCAGCUUAUGCUGAUAGUGAAGUUGGAGCUUGUGGUGCAACUGGGGAUGGCGAUAUUAUGAUGCGAUUUCUUCCUUGCUAUCAAGUGGUUGAAAGUAUGAGAUUAGGCAUGGAACCGAAGCUUGCUGCAGAAGAUUCCAUUUCAAGAAUUGCAAGAAAAUAUCCAGAUUUUGUAGGAGCUGUUUUUGCAGUGGAUAAAAAUGGCGUCCAUGCUGGCGCAUGCCACGGUUGGACUUUUCAGUACUCGGUGAGGACCCCCGAUUUGGAUGACGUGGCGGUUUAUACUGUCACCCCAGAAAUUCUUACAACAUGAUUCUUCUUCAUCUUUGCACAUAAUUCUUACUACUGCAGCUGCGAUUUUUCGGAAGAUUAAACAGAGUAUUAGGCACAAGUUCUUGUCCAAAAAUUUCGAAUUUAUUUUCCAAUGAUUGAUUUUUUCGAGCCAAAUGAACCAAAAAUGUAAUUUUCUGUUUUUUCUUUUGGGUGGAUAUUUGUGUAUGAGAGGACAAGAAGUCUACUUUAUAUUUCCAGAGUGUAAUACUAAUACACAACCUUUGGUCA